AUCUAAUCGCAGAAAUGGCGGUCGUGUGAGAAUGUGCGCUGCGAAUGUGGAGGGGUUUGCUUACUUGUGUUUCUUUGACGAUGGCUCUUGGUUUCAGGUAAAGAUCAUUGUAUGGGGUUGUACGGAAAUCUCACCGAGAUAAGUAAAGCGUCAUCAAUUCUCUUUAUAUCUCGCAUUAAACUUCAGCUAGUUUCACGAAACUGGAUCGGUGCCGGUGUCACAGCGUUUUGGGCAUCCCCGCGUUUUGGGCAUCCCCAUUCCCAUAUCCCUAGCGUUUUGGGCAUCCCCGUUGGGGGAUGCCCAAAACGCUGAUCACUUCGACUUUGCCUAAAUUAUUUCAGACUGGGGAAAAGUCGGGAUUGUUAAUCACGAAUUUACGGCUAAAUAGUGUAGAUGCAUGUUAGAAUUAUAUCGUCCGACACUUUUUGCCGGGUUAAUUGCGCAGAAAAAAACCCAUAGGCAGUAAACGUUGGCUCAAAACAUGACGAAACUGAAAUUUACAACCGCAUAACAUCGCUUCGAUGCACAACACUUGAUUGUUUGCAAAGCUUUCAAUUUUAUUUAAUAGAACUGUUUACAAGCGAGCAAUGCCGCAAUCGCCGGCAGCUGCGAUCGUCUGCUUCCAAACAGCCAAAAACAAGAAUUCUAAACAAAGGAAUCAAAAGGUAAACAUGAAUAAAACUGCGUUUUGCGGUGUUGCAUUCAUAGUAUUCAUGACAUUUGAGGCCUGUACAACUUAACCCCGCAGCGCUACUUGAUACAGGAAAGGCUGUCACACAAUUACAGAGGCCUCAAAUCAUCAGAAAUAACCGGAGGUGGGGUGACAAUUCCCCCCCAAAAAAACCUGCAGUGCAAGGGAAAGGCAUGUCUAGAAAAAAAUCCUGUAGUUAUGUAGUUAUGAUAAAUGGACGCUCCAAUGAUGGUCACUAGAAGAGAUGUUGUGCUUGGCGCACGGGCGUGACAGCGGGCGUGACAUAAAUGGAUGUUCAAGGCCACACUUAGGUUAACUGACAGAAAAUCUGUCAUCUUGACCCUUCAGAAAUAUAACCUCUGAUCUUUGGCUUCACAUAAAAUAAUAACAAACGGGAUCUAUAAGAAGGACUCCGGUUUACAAUGCCCUUUGACAACCUACCAAAAGAUGCAAUUAUGCCUCACCCUUUCAAAUUUCACUGAAAACAGAAGAAAUUUAGCGUAUGUUUUCGAUUAUCAACGCGGGUGUUUCAAAAACACGAUCAAUUGGCAAAUAAAUAACAUUUGUAACUACACUGCAACCAUUUCUAUCGUGUCCUUGUAGUAUUCAGGCCAGUAAAACCGCUCUUUGAUUUUCCUUAGAGUGUUAUCGCGGCCGGCGUGUCCAGAAAAAGGAGCAGAGUGGCACUCUUGAAGACCCUCGCUUUAUCUUCCUCGGCGAUAACAAGAUGUCGAGCGCUGUGCCAUCCUUCUCCUUGGCCACGUAGAACAAGGACUCUAAUUUUGAGUCAUACUCAAACUUCUUGGCGAAUUUUCUAAGAAUUGUUUUGUCCUGUUUUGUAAAGCCUUCCGGAUAAACCUUAUUUUUAAGAUACCGGAACAGAUUUGUAUAUUUAGCGGAAUCCAUCUCUAAAAGGUUUUCGAUUUUCCCGCGAAAUCCCAAAUUGUUUUGGAGGGGAUGCCCAAAACGCUAGGGAUUUGGGCAUCCCGGGAGGGUACCGGGGGAUGCCCAAAACGCUGCAGUAAUAUGAGAAGGGGAUACCAAAAACGCUAGGGAUAUGGGAAUGGGGAUGCCCAAAACGCGGGGAUGCCCAAAACGCUGUGACACCGGGAUCGGUGCAGAUGGGAUCAUUCCCAGAGUGAGCUUAUUCCUUUAAAAACCUUUGAAUAUUUAGUGAGUUAAAAGGGUUGAUCCGAUCUGAUCAAAACCAGGUUUAAACCUUUUGUGGACAGUGACAAGAUUGAGAUCGAUUGGUAUAUUGCAAAGAUAUAAUGACAAUAAAGCGAGUUAAAGUCCUGGGCCGGGUUGUUCAAAGCUGGGUUAAGAUAACCCAAGGUUAGUGCGAGAUUUGAAUUCAAAUUUGAAAGCUUAAAAAGCAUUUCAGUUUUAAUUCUUUUUGUCUACAAGUUGAUGAUUGAAAGCUCUAAAUAUAACAGAGAAAAUUAUCCGAGAAAAUGCUUUUGAACACAAGAAAGAGAAACCCGGGUUAAAUUUAACCCUGGGUUAAGGGCUAAUCGGCCUUCGAACAACUGGGCCCUGGGGUUAAAGUCCGUAACAGGUGUGUCAGGUGUCAGAACUAGGCCAAAGUAGGUACCCUGUGAGCAGUGGAUUCCAUAGCCUGGAUGCUACACUAUGAAGGGAGAGAAACCACUGCGAGCAACUAUAUGGGUCUUUGAUCAAGACGCCAUUCAGCACCUUGGACGAAUAAAUUAACUUUGAACAGGUAAAACCUGUUUAAAACAAGUUAAGGCUCUUGCGCACUUGCUUACGCUCAUAACUGCUACUUUAAUCAGUGGUGGAUCCAGGGAAGGGGCCUGGGUCCCUGGAAAAAAUUUUUUUGAGACCAGAACCCCCCUUAUCUCAGAUUCUGGAUGACUAGGCCCUUCCCUUAUCUGAAUGUUUGGAUCAGCCACUGUUAAGGCAAGCCUGCUGUGAAUUUGUGCUCUUUCAUUAUUCCUACCCACUUACAUUGUCAAAUGUAGGUGAACCAAACUGGAGUUGAAUUCCUAGGCUCCAUAUCCAGACACAGAAACAGAGAAAAAUUUUGUUGAUGCUUGUUUACUUUCUCAAUAAACUGCGAAAUUAGGCAUUUUAAUAUGGUAGUCAUGCAAAAACAGCAAAGAAAUGUACAAAAAAGUGUGAUGCAUGUGCAAAGUUGUUGUUUUGCUAAUGUUUCUUGCAAAACAAGAGAAAGUGAUGUCAUUUGAUGUUUUGAUGUAGGCAUCACGUGGACACGCUUGCUUGAUGGAAAAGCAGACAGGGCAGAAAGUCAUACAUUCACUCUUGUUUUAACCUCUCUACAACAGCCACCUCUUCACAAUGGCCACUUUCUUCUGUCCCCAAGGUGGCCAUUGUAGAGAGGUUCAACUGUAUGUUUCUGACUGUUAGGGAAUUCUUUUGACAGAGAAUAAAAAGCAGUAUGGCGUGAUGGGAGAAAGUGAGUAAUUAAAAAGCUCAUUUUAUACACAUAGAUGUUCAUAAUAAUGAUAGUAAUAAUAAUAAUAAUGACUUUAUUUUAGUGUCAAUGUAUUUAGCUCAACUGUUAGCUAAUUGGGGCUACUUUCCUCCGUACUGGCACACUUAUCUAUUACAAGACUUUUAAAUUAAUGAUCUUACCUAAAACCUAAAACUUUAUGCAAAUGUCCACGAGUCAAAAUCUACACAGGUCACAGCAGUUACCAUUGUUAUCUAUGUGGCUCAAAAGGUCCACACCCGGUAUAUGUUUCUUGAAUGCUUUGAGGCUUGUCAAGUUUCUGAGCUCACUAUACUGACCUUUGACCAAACAAAAGGCCCUUGGUAGUGCAGCAAAUGCCUUCCAUAGGCCACUGUAUCAAAGCAGGAUAGUUCAAAAUCACAGUUUCUUAGGUGCUGGUGUGUGCUUUUGAUCGUAAAUAACUCAGAUACACACCUUGGUGCCAUCCCGUAUUUUACUUUAUACAUUAUACAGCAGUGCACUGCGACUAAAUAGUGAAGAAGGCCAGCAGACGGCUUUAUGCACUGAGACAACUCAAGAAGUGCAAAGUUCCUUUGGCUGAUAUUGUUCAUAUCUACUGCACGCCAAUUCGCUCUAUACUAGAGUAUGCCUCCACUGUCUUUGCUGGUUUGCCUAAGUAUCUUGCUUGCUAUCUUGAGAACAUGCAAAAAAGGGCCCUUUCCAUCAUUUGGCCUGGUAUUUCGUAUGAAACAGCACUUGACCAAGCUGUGUUAUCCACUCUUUCUGACUGUCGGACAGUCUCGUGUAUUAAAUUUAUAGGUAAGGUUUGGCCAGGUAACCCAUUAUACCCACUAAUACACUACAGAGUGGUACCUAUAUCUACCAGUGUGUGUCUAAGAUCAGGGAAUUCUAGCAGGCCCAUGGCCACAAGGACUGAAUGUUUCUCAAAUUUUGUUAGUGUUAAAUAUUAAUCUUGUAAAUCAAUGUAGCAUAUUUGUAUAUUUAUCACAGCUUGUAAGGUAUCCUACAAUUCAGUCUUCCAACUGCAAAAGGGACAUUAAACCAGUUAUUUGAUUUGAUUUGAUUUGAUUUGAUAAGUAUUGCAAUGACUUGCAAACGCCUGUGAUAAAGCGUAGACAGCUUGGUACGAGUGAGGAGUUUUUUGUGCGUUUCAGUUUGAGAUUUAUAUACUGCACACGGCGCAAGCUCUGGGAUGUGCUCGAUUUUUCUGCUAUCUGAUGAUUUGCAGAAUUUCCAUACUAAAUGACAGUAAGUUAAGUAUGGCAAGAUGGAUGUCUUGCCUAGGCAAGAACAGUGGAACCCCAAUUCAUGGACUCCUGCUUAAUGCAGACACUCCCCUAAAUAGCAGACAGUAGCCUUUGUCCUGAUGAAAAUCACAUAUUAUACAGUAUUUUCUUUUGAAGGGCGUGCAUAAUUAAAUGGACAAUCUUUUGUUGAUUGUGAGCAAGCAUUUUGCUGAAAAAGUUUUGAAAUAAAGAAGGAAGGUGAACUUUAAGAUUGGUAUAUGUUAGCAUGUCAUAAAUGUGGGACCAAAAAAAAAUGUGUCCGUAACAGGAUUCACAGCAGGUGGGUGCUCUAUCCACUGAGUUGCAGAGACAGAGGAAAAGGCCACAAUAUACUAGGUUCACAUGACACACGUCCUUCUUAUUGUUAGGAUGGCACUGUGUUGGUAUAAAGAAUGGUGGUGAGUUUUAAGCUUGGAAAUAAAUGUCCCCAGUGUUUGGCCUUGCUCCUCCAUAAGUCUCUCCAUAGGUCUGAAUCCUGUCAGGAACUCAAGAUUUUUUCUUUGUCUAAUGCUUGUGACAGUGCUGAUUAUCACAUCUUUCACAACAUGAAGUUUUGUUUAAAUAGCAUGUGAUCCACCAGAGGAAGGGUUUGCGGAAUGCUGUUUUGAGGAUGAACCAAUGUUUUAUAAGAUCACUGUGAUUGACCAUGAAGCUAAUGAUGACAAAGUAAGUCAGUCUGAGGUCAGCUGUCGUUGCCAUUUUUAUCCCUUUAUUUCUGCAUUUCUAAAUCAUAAAUGUUGAUGAAAAUCUAUUGUAGAAGACACGACAGUUGUAAGCAGUGGGGGAUCCAGACCUUCAGAUAAGGUGGGGGAGGGAGUCCUGUCGUGCAGACCCUGACAUAAGGAGUGGGGGUGGUCUCAAAAUUUUUUUGGCCCUUCAGGCCUCAGUUUGGUCUAAAAGUGAGGGGGGGAGGGGUGGGCCCUUGGGCCCCUCCCCUGGAUUCCCGACUGCUAAGUGUCUUCUACAAUAACUUUAGGCUAUACAAGUCUUGUAUAGCCUAACAUGAGACUCUGCAGUGGUGGAAAAAGGAGGAAAAACGUCAGCAAGGGAAGGAGAAGAAAAAUUGGUGAGUGAAGCAAGCUGACUGAUAGUCCAGGGAGUGAAAAGGAUGCAACAAUAUGUCCAGGCAAUUGAAACAACAAACUGAAACCUUUUUUGUCAUGAUCCAAACUGAAAAUUACAAAGGAAACUUAACAUCAAUAAUGUUACUUAUUUAGCUAUCAGUGCACCCUCUCUCCUCCAAUCCUGAAUCCCUGUUGAUAUAAACCUCUUCAUGUCAUCAAGUUUGUUGUUUCCUUUUGACAGGUAUUCAAGCAUGUAAUGAAGACAGGAGGGGAUAAUUGCACCCUUACUUCCAGCGAGCUGGACUUUGAAACUGAGGAGCUCUUGGUUGGAGCCAAGGUAUGGUGCGAUGACUGCCGAACAUGUUAAAUCUGAAGUCAUCCCCCCAAAAAGACCUCGUAAUGACAAUUUCUGAAAAAUACUAUAAUAUUCUUUCAUAAGCAGGCUUACCCCUGCCUACAUGCAAUGUUAUUGCAGUAUUUUGCAGUUGAGUAGUGCAGUGGUAUUACUGCCUUUAAAUAAUAAUAAUAAUAAACUAAUCGCUGUUUCUUAGGUUACUAUUCAAUUAUCUAGUAUAUAAUGGUAAGACAAAAAAAAAAAUUGAAAACUGCGCUUAUUCACAGUUUGCUAGCCUGUUCCUGGCGUUCAGAUAGUGGAACGCGGCGGUCAGAUGGUGGGGAGCGAGUUAAAUUAUACAGGCUAACAGUUUGCUUCUUUUUCUUUUUUUAACAUUUCCCAUUUGGUGCAGGCAGAAAGGCAUGUAAUGAAGUAUUGCCAACAAGAGUUGAGAGGAAGAGAGAGUGUAGUCUGCUCAGGACGCAUGUCACUUCACCAAAGCGAUGAGACAAACGAAUAAUGACUAUGUUGAGUCUAAUAGAGUGAUAUUAAAACUACUGCGAUGUGACUUUAAGAGCUUUUUGGAUAAGUGCUGGUAUUACGAUCGUGAUGAUGAUGAUGGCGACGAUAACAGGGACCUUAAGCAACGACGACGUUGACGGCAGUGAAAACGUUGCUAAAAAAAUGAAUUUACG